AUGUUACGGCACCUGCUGAUUUUCCUUCUCGUCAUGAAGGAAUCCAACAUGCCAGGUGCUGAUGUCUGCAGCUGUCCAUUAACGUCAGUCUGCAGGUGCAACCAGGGCCUCACCAGCAUUCCUGAGAACCUCCCCAGACCCACCUAUAGCUUGGACUUUUCUGUACCUGGUAUUGUUCUAGUUGGCACCAUCAUUCUCACAAUUUGUUACAAGAGAAGGACUAAGCACCCUCCUUUAGUACCGAAUCCCCAUGUUGCUGGUAGCAACACAAACACAGCAGGUUCUGUACUGACUUCUGGUGAUGAUCAACAUGGUGAUGAUCACCAAUAUGAAGAUAUUGACAACCAUCAUGAUCAGACAGGGCAGGGUCAGUCUCAGGCUUUCACUGAAUCCAACAAAUUCGGAAAUCUAUCUCUGAACGAAGUGAUAGCUGCUUUAAUUACAAAUACUAUGUAUGCAGGGGUGGAAACACCACCAAAUGACCAAACAUCUACAGAAAUGUCCAGUGGUCAUGGUAAGACAGGGCAGGCCCAGUCUCAGGAUAAUAUUCAAUCUAUUAGAUUUGGAAAUCUAUCUCUGAACAAAGUGCUAGCUGCUUUAAGGCCAAAUUCUAUGUAUGCAGGGGUAGAAACCCCACCAAAUGACCAAACAUCUACAGAAAUGGCCUGUGGUCAUGAUCAGACAGGGCAGGCCCAGUCUCAGGAUAAUAUUCAAUCUAUUAGAUUUGGAAAUCUGUCUCUGGACGAUGUGCUAGCUGCUUUAAGGCCAAAUCCUAUGUAUGCAGGGGUAGAAACCCCACCAAAUGACCAAACAUCUACAGAAAUGGCCUGUGGUCAUGAUCAGAAAGGACAGGACCAAUCUCAGACCAACAUUCAAUCUGUUAAAUUGGAAAAUCUAUCUCUGGACGAAGUGCUAGCUGCUUUCCGGCCACAUUCUAUGCAUGCAGGGGUGGAAACACCACCAAAUCACCCAGCAUCUACAGAAAUGGCCAGUGGUCAUGGGGACCACCAAUCGUAA